GCACACAGGCGUGAAAAGCCCCCAAUGACGUUGCCGCGCCUGAGCUCACGCAUUGGGACUUCUGGCAUAAAUUUAUAUAUAAUGUAUGAUUCCAGUAACAAGCCAGACUGGCAAUGUAGCGCCGUUGUGGCUCACCCUUGUCAACAGCCCCAUCUCAAACACUUAUCAUAGUUGCCUUAAAUCCCCGGGUCUCCCUUCUCCCUUUCACUUUCGAAACGCUAAGGCUGCUUCCUGCCACUCAUUUCUAACGAAUAAUUAAGGACACAAUUCACAGGAAGAUGGGCACCACUGUGGGGACGGCCACUGUGGAUCUCGAGAAGAUGAAAGGUUGUCUUACCUGUUUUCCACCUGCUCUACCCCACCUUGUUCUUGAAGAACCCGGGCUAAUACAUCCCGCCUUGCACCAGUCUCGGAGGAGAAAGAUAAGGUCCCCAAUGGUAGCAAUCCCCCUGACGAAAAUUCCGAAGACGAAGAUGAAGAAGCUGGAGUUCCGGAAGUGGGUGGUAAGUCUGUCAUGUGGGUUUGUGUACGCAUCUGGCGAUAGCUGACCUGGCCUACCUUCUCCCGCAGCUGCCAAGAAGAAGAAGAAGAAGAAGAAGCCAAAGAAGAAGAGCAAGUCGGCCGCAUCUGCACAGUCGGACCCUCCCAGAGUUUCCCUCGAUCAAUUAUUCCCCAAUGGCAGCUUUCCGGUCGGCGAGGAGUGUGAUUAUCGUGACGAGAAUCUCAAGCGCAAGACGGACGAAGAGAAACGGCAUUUGGAUAGGAUGAACAACGACUUUUUGACGGAUUACAGGAAGGGCGCUGAAGUUCACCGACAGGUUAGACAGUGGGCCCAGGGGUGGAUCAAGCCCGGUAUGAGCCUUACCGAGAUUACCGAGGGGAUUGAGAACUCUGUCCGAGCCUUGACUGGCCACGACGGUUUGACUGAGGGCGACUCUCUACUUGCCGGGAUGGGAUUUCCCACCGGCGUUAGUAUUAAUAACUGUGCUGCACAUUACACUCCUAAUGCGGGAAAUAAGAUUAGUUAGUCGACCCUCCUACCCCCUCCCUGCAUAACUAGUCUAUUGUCGCUGAGAGUUGGAAUAGCUCUCAAGCAGGAAGAUGUCAUGAAGGUGGACUUUGGUGUUCAUAUGAAUGGGAGGAUCGUCGAUAGCGCUUUCACCAUGACCUUCGACCCUGUUUAUGAUAAUCUUCUUGCGGCUGUGAAGGAUGCUACAAACACUGGUAUUCGUGUAAAUUUUUUCCCUUCUCCUGCCGGGGUGCUGUGCUGAAGAGCGGUCGUAGGAAGCGGGUAUUGAUGUCCGGAUGUCCGAUAUCGGAGCUGCUAUCCAAGAGACCAUGGAGAGUUACGAGGUCGAAAUUGGCGGAACAACCUACCAAGUGAAGCCAAUUCGCAACCUGAACGGCCACAACAUCAAUCAGUUCCAGAUCCAUGGUGGCAAGAGCGUUCCGAUCGUCAAGGGUGGAGACCAGACCAAGAUGGAGGAAGGAGAAACCUUUGCGAUCGAGACAUUCGGCAGCACCGGGAAGGGUUAUGUCCGCGAUGAUGUACAUUCUCUUAGGCUCACCAUCUCUCAGCAAUAGCUUACUGACAAAGAGCAGUUGGAGGUUUCGCAUUACGCUAGGCGAACAGAUGCACCUAAUAUCUCCCUGCGCCUUACUUCUGCUAAGAAUAUCCUCAAUGUGAUCAACAAGAACUUUGGGACAUUACCUUUCUGCAGGAGGUAUCUGGAUCGUCUUGGGCAGGAUAAGUAUCUUCUCGGGGUUUGCGCCACUUGACUGUAGCAUGGAUGGGCUGAGCUGAUAAGAGUAGCUGAACAACCUGGUCACUAGUGGUAUUGUGGAGGCGUACCCGCCCUUGUGUGAUAUCAAGGGGUCUUACACCGCCCAGUACGAACAUGUAUGAUAUGUGCACUCUGAUGUCCAGACUCCGUGAGCACUCGACUGACCAAAUUCUGCAGACAAUCCUGCUCAGACCAACCGUCAAGGAGGUGGUAAGUAGGGGUGUCGAUUACUAGUGGUGGGUUAUUGCUGUUCCCCUUUCGCUCGGAAAAUAAUCGCAUCAGAAUCAAUGGGGAGGGAGGGAGGGCCGAUGGUGGUAGUUCCUUAUGUAUUUUUUAUAACAUACCAAAAAUGGGAAGGGGAUCAUUUGCUUUUCAUGUUCUGCUUGUUUGGGCGGGGUUCGCGGUUUGGCACGGAAAUUCAUAGUCUUGGUGCAUUAUAGCCACUACCUCUCUAUUGUAUGUUAGCAGAAAAAGACGGUUAGC